AUGUCUGGCUUUCUUUUCCUGCUCAUUAUAGACUGGGUAAUGAGGCAUACUGUGAAAGAGGAGGGAACCGGGCUGAGGUGGAAAUUUACAUCCAAACUUGAGGACCUCGACUUCGCUGACGAAGUAGCUUUAAUUUCCUCAACGCAAAGGCACGUGCAGUUGAAAACAAACAGGCUGGUAGAAAAUGCAGAAAGGACAGGCCUUCGGAUAAAUGUCGGGAAGUGCAAAGUCAUGAGAGUCAAUGCAAAGAAUAAUGAAGCCAUCACAGUGAAUGGUCUGGCGUUGGAAGAUGUAGAGAAGUUUAUCUAUCAAGGAGCCACAGUAUGUAAACAAGGGGGCGGAGAAGAAGACAUCAAGGCUAGGCUAGGGAAAGCGAGGGGAGCGUUUGUGUAG